AUGCCUCACAACACCAGCGCAAUCGAUCGUCACGAUUCACAGUUUAAAAAUAAUCGUCUGCGGCCUUAUUUGAAGAAUAAUGCUUGGUCCGGGCCCAUUUUCAAUGUCAGGCUGUCUCUGUGUCCUUCAUAUGUUCCUAUACUGAUGACGAAUGAACAGCAUAUUUAUGCAGGUGUAUCCAUUGGCACCACAGGUGACUUCGUAUCACGAGUCGUUAUUGCUGUACGGGAUGACACAUACUUGCUCGAUCUCUUGGAGCACGAAUUCGCGACACCAGCCACGUUUCCUAUGACCCACGAGCAUAUCGUCAGCCGGUUGAAGAAAUACAGCGAUGAACAUUCGGAAAAGAUCCUCGGGGUUGCGCUUUCCCGCUCGCUACACGAACGUAUUCCAGCACUGUGUCCACAACUAUGGGCAGAGCUAGACAUUAUACCGAUCGUACUUGUGGAAGAGCCAGAUGCUGAUGCUACUGCCGAAGCAAUGACUAAGCUCCAUUUCCAGCAGAAGCCCAUUGACGAGCAGGCCGAGUCGCUUUCUCGGAAGUGUGUCAGAUUUUUCGGCCCGAACAAAUUGCCAAUGGUACAUGUUGGCUUCCGCGGCCUCGUAGAUGUCGAUUCUGGUUUCCAUAUUCAUCUAGCGAGCAAAACAUCAUUCCGUCAAACCGUCCGUCCUAAGACAUGGGCAGCUGUUGAACAUUACGCGUCGGAUCUGUGUCAUCGCGGUGUGAAGAUCGCCUUCUUUAGCGCAACGCCCCAAGGAGGGGGUGUCGCUCUCAUGCGCCAUGCACUAGUUCGCCUAGCACAUCAAUUAGACAUUGAUCUCAAGUGGUACGUGCCAAAGCCACGACCAGGCCUGUUCCGUAUCACGAAGACAAACCACAACAUCCUACAAGGCGUCUCAGGCCCGGACGACCGAUUGGAUUGCGAGAGUCAACAGCAGUUGGUGGAUUGGACACGAGACAAUGCGAAUCGAUACUGGCUACACUGCGGUGGUCCUUUAUCUUCACUUGCGGAUGGUGGUGCUGAUGUCGUUGUCAUUGAUGACCCUCAGAUGACGGGAUUGAUUCCGAUUGCUAAAGAAGUUGAUCCCCAGCGCCCAGUCAUUUAUAGAAGCCAUAUUCAAAUGCGAAGCGAUCUUAUCGCAACUUCGGGAACUCCACAGGCCGAUGUUUGGGAAUUCCUCUGGCGACAUAUUCAGGCCGCUGAUCUCUUUAUCAGUCAUCCAGUGGUCGAGUUCGUUCCCAAGAAUGUUCCAACAGAUCGGGUUGGCUAUAUGCCUGCCUCCACUGAUUGGCUUGACGGUCUUAAUAAGGAGAUGCGUGAAUGGGAUACCGCAUUUUACGGGCGACAAUUCAAUCACAUGUGUAAGGAUUCGGAAAUGCCAAUCAUCGAAUAUCCUGCCGAGCAAUAUAUCGUGCAAAUUGCUCGAUUUGAUCCCGCCAAGGGAAUACUAGAUGUUCUUCGGUCUUAUGAAAAGUUUCACGAAAAGCUUGCUAUGCUACAUCCCGAUAUGAAAAUCCCGAAGCUUCUGAUCUGUGGUCACGGGUCUAUAGAUGAUCCCGAUGGCUCUAUAGUCUAUGAUGCUGUCCUUCAGCACAUAGCACAGGCUAUGCCACAUCUCAUGGCUUUGAUUACUGUUAUACGAUUAAGUCCCUCUGACCAAGUGUUGAACACGCUGUUGUCUAAGGCACAUAUUGUGUUACAAUUAUCAUCACGAGAAGGCUUUGAGGUGAAGGUUUCGGAAGCUCUUCACAAAGGAAAACCCGUCAUUGCGACCAGAGCAGGUGGAAUUCCCUUGCAGGUUGAGCAUGAGAGAAACGGGUAUCUUGUUGAUGUUGGAGACACCGAAGCUGUCGCUCGGUACCUGUUGAUGUUGUGGACGGACAGUGGUCUUUACGAGCGUAUGAGUGCCUAUGCUUCGGCAAACAUUAGCGAUGAGGUGAGCACCGUUGGACAAGCCUUGAAUUGGUUUUUCCUAGCAUCCGAGUUAUCUAAAGGUGAAGAGGUCCUCCCACGUCGGGAGUGGAUUCAGGACCUGGCUCGAAGGGAUUUUGGGCAAGCAUAUACCAAAGCAGACGGAAAGCUGAAGAGGUCCCUACGAGAUGUUGAACUCUCCUGA